AUGAAUCCAAAUUUCAAUAUUUAUAAGAUGUCAUUGCAACAAAUUAAUUCACAAAUCAAUCAAGUAAAAACAGAACAACGAAUCAGAACUUUAAAACAAACAGGGCUAUUCACAUUACAAAUAUUAGACUACAUUUCUAUAGGCGCAAUCAUACUUUAUAUACUCUACAAAUGUAAAUGUUGUCAGUCUCUAUCAAAAUGCAUUCGCACACAUUAUGUAUAAAUAUUUUAAGCUAUACAGCCAAUCCAACAUCCUAGUCCAUAA